CCGCUGCUCGGGUCUGCACCACAGGCCCGCCCGCCUCCGGCUGUCGCCGACAUGGAACCGGUGGCCAGCAACAUCCAAGUCUUGCUGCAGGCGGCGGAGUUCCUGGAGCGCCGCGAGAGAGAGGCCGAGCAUGGCUAUGCGUCCCUGUGCCCUCACCGGAGUCCAGGUCCAGUCCACAGGAGGAGGAAGCGGUCUCCCCAAGCUCCUGGCGCGCUGGACAGUGGGCGGUCUGUGCACAACGAGCUGGAGAAGCGCAGGAGGGCCCAGCUGAAGCGAUGCCUGGAGCAGCUGAAGCAGCAGAUGCCCCUGGGGGCUGACUGUGUCCGAUACACCACACUGAGCCUUCUGCGCAGGGCUAGAAUGCACAUCCAGAAGCUGGAGGAGCAGGAGCAGCGGGCCCGGCAGCUCAAGGAGAAGCUGCGCAGCAAGCAGCGGAGCCUGCGGCAGCAGCUGGAGCAACUCCGGGGGCUGGGCACGGUGGGCGAGCGGGAGCGCCUGCGGGCGGACAGCUUGGACUCCUCGGGCCUCUCCUCCGAACGCUCCGACUCAGACCAAGAGGAGCUGGAGGUGGACGUGGAGAGCCUGGUGUUUGGAGGUGAGGCUGAGCUGCUGCGGGGCUUCAGCGCAGGCCAGGAGCACAGCUACUCACACAGCGGCGGUGCCUGGUUAUGACCCUCACCGCCCAGAGCGGCCUCUGCCCUCAGCCCACUCUUUGCGCCAUCAGGCCAGAGCCCUCACCAGGCCUCCAGGGCUGCUUGGAGUCACUGUUGGAAUGGACUCAAAGGACCCUGUGUGGGAACAGGUGCUCCUCGUACCCUGCUGCUGGCGGCUGGCAGUCCCACCUGGGAGAGGGGUGCUGGGCCCCCCGAGCCCUGCAGGGCAGGUAGCUUGGGCCCAGGCCACCCUCCCAGGUAUUUUUUAUAGCACUUGGCCCAGCUGUCCAUGGCAGCAGGAAGCCUCUUGGGCCCUCAUGUUCCUUCCUAAACAAGGGCCCCUGGCCUUUGCC